GGCAGGCAACUCCAGGCAGCAGGAGCAGGACUUCGCUGGAGGAUUAAGGCUGAGCUGCCCCCGCGGGGAGGCUCAGUCAUGGCUUCUAAACGCCCCGCGUCCUCCUCUACACAGCCAGAUGGCAAGGAAAAGAAAGCGAAAGGGGAAGAGGGGGAUGACACUUGGAGCUCCACCUUGGCAGCCCUCAAAACUGCCCCCAAGGAGAAGCCCCCUGCCACCAUCGAUGGGCUGUGCCCCCUGAGCACAGCACCAGGUGCCCAGGUCUACGAGGACUACGAUUGCACCCUGAACCAGACUAACAUCAGUGCCAACAACAACAAGUUCUACAUCAUCCAGCUCCUUGAGCACGAUGGUGCCUACAGUGUCUGGAGCCGCUGGGGCCGUGUGGGGGAGGUUGGCCAGUCCAAACUCAUGCCCUGCACCUCCCUGGAGGCUGCCAAGAAGGACUUUGAGAAGAAGUUUCGGGAGAAGACCAAGAACAGCUGGGCUUCAAAGGAAAACUUCAUUGCCCAGCCAGGGAAGUACACACUCAUCGAAGUGCAGCCAGGGGCUGAGCAGGAGGUGGAGGUUGCUCUCAGGGUGGAUGGCGUGGAUGGGGGCAAGGUCUGCAAGCAGCGGGUGCUGCCCUGCACCUUGGACAAGGACACACAGGAGCUGGUGUCUCUCAUCUUCAGCAGUGACAUGUUCCGGGAUGCCAUGCAGACCAUGAAUAUCGACGUGAAGAAGAUGCCUUUGGGGAAGCUGAGCAAGCAGCAGAUCGCGAGGGGCUUUGAGGCACUGGAGGAGCUGGAGACAGCACUGCAGGAGCAGCCCCCCCAGGCCUCUCGCCUGGAGGAGCUCUCCUCCCGCUUCUACACCAUUGUCCCCCACAACUUUGGCCGGGCACGGCCACCCCCCAUCAACUCCCCUGACCUGCUGCGUGCCAAGAAGGACAUGCUGUUGGUGCUGGCUGACAUUGAGGUGGCACAGAGCCUGCAGGCACAGAAAGUGAAGGAGGAGGAGGAGGAGAAGGAGAAAGAAGUCCCCCAUCCACUGGAUCAGGAUUAUGCCCUGCUCUGCUGCCAGCUCUCCCUGCUGGACUCAGCCUCCCGGGAAUAUCAGCUGAUCCAAAACUACGUGACACAGACUGGGCACAAACCCCACAUCCUCAACAUCUGGCAGGUGGCCCGAGAUGGUGAGGAUGAGCGCUUCAAAGCCCACGACCUCCUGGAGCACCGGCGCUUGCUUUGGCACGGCACCAACGUGGCGGUGGUCGCGGCCAUCCUGAAGAGUGGGCUGCGCAUCAUGCCACACUCAGGAGGGCGUGUGGGCAAGGGCAUCUACUUUGCCUCUGAGAACAGCAAAUCAGCCGGCUACGGUGAGGGUCCUGGGACAAACAGGGCUUCUUGGGGUGCCCGCAGGUGGGCCGCACAUCCAAGAAUGUUGGCAUCAUGUUCCUGGCGGAGGUGGCCCUGGGCAAGCCCUACCGCAUCACCAGCGAUGACCCCUCACUGCAUCAGCCACCUGCUGGCUAUGACAGUGUCCUGGCCUGUGGCCGGACAGAGCCGGACCCUGCACAGGAUGAAGAGGUGCUGCUGGAUGGCAAGAAGGUACUGGUGUGUCAGGGCAAGCCCAUCCCCAUGCCUGCCUACAAGGACUCCUCCUUCAGCCAGAGCGAGUACCUCAUCUACCAGGAAAGCCAGUGCCGGAUCCGCUACCUUGUCCAGCUCCGCUUCUGAGUGUGCCUGGGAACCUUGUGGCCCUGGCCCAGCACCAGCUGCUGAUGCCCACCAGCCCAGAGGACAGUAAUCUGGAAUCUCUGGCCACCCCACCUGGGGUUUGGCAAGAGACAGGCUGAUGUGGGGACAGAGCUUGCUUUGACUAUGAAUAAAAGCAUCGUGCCUUGUACUGAAGGGUGUUUGCGCUUUCCUGC